CUUUAUAAUAAAAUAAAAGAUUAUAACAAGAAGUUGUGUCAAUUUCCCUAUCUGUCAAAUAUAAAGUGUCUUGAAGAAAAAAUCAUUUUGUUUCCAUAAAUUGUGCAAAUUAGACUUCUUCCAACUUAAGGAGGAGCAAAAUGAUAGGAUAAAAGUACUUUCUAUAGUGCAACUAUCUUAAAAUGUCAGAAGCAACAACUGCCUUCACCAGUGUUCCGGAAAUAAAAAUUGAACCCCCAGAAUUUCUAUUCGAAGACAUUAAAUGGGAAAUAGAGGAAGAGCCUGAAUCUUGUUCAAAAGAUGAAGAAACAUGCCUUGAAGAAGACAAACAAAAAGUAAAUCAGACUGCUCGUUAUAAGUGUGAGGUGUGCAAUAGAUCGUUCACAAAGCGAAAUAAUUUUAAAAAACAUCAAGCAGUUCAUAAAAGUGAAUGUAUAUAUUGUUCAACAACCUUUUUAGAUGCAAAUGCACUGAAACUACAUCUGAAAACUCAUGCAGAGGAAAAACCUUUUGUAUGCACAAUAUGCAAUAUAGGAUUCACUAUGAAAAAUCAUUUAGAUCAACACGUUUGUGCUCAAGCCGAGGAACAAACUUUAAACUUCAAUGAUAAUGCAGACCAAAAUAUUUGUGCAGAAACCCCUUAUAAAUGCCAAGUAUGUGAUAAAACAUUCAUGCAUCCACGUAACUUAAAACAACACAUGCUCAUUCACAGUGAGGAUUCCCCCAAUAAAUGUAAAGUAUGUGAUAAGAAAUUCUCACAAUCCAGGAACCUGCAACAACAUAUGCUGAUUCACAGUGGUGAACGACAAUACAAAUGCAUAAUUUGUAACCAGACAUUCACCCGAAUGAGCAGCUUAAAAAAACAUAUGCCAAUUCACAGCGGUGUACGCGCCCAUAAUUGUGAAAUAUGCAAUCAGACAUUCACACAUUUAUAUUGUUUAAAAAGGCACAUGCUCGUUCACGGUGGGGAAAGCUCCUAUAAAUGUGAAACAUGUGAUAAGACAUUCAAACAUUCCUGUAGCUUGAAAAAACAUAUGCUCAUUCACACUAGAGAUCGUCCCCAUAAAUGUGAAACAUGUUAUGAGACAUUCACACAACAAAUACAACUGAAAAGACAUAUGCUGGUACACAGUGGGAAACAACUACACACUUGUGAAAUAUGCAAUGAGACUUUUGCUCAUUAUUCUAGCAUGAAACGUCAUAUGCUCGUUCACAGUGGGGAAGACUCCCAUAAAUGUGAUGUAUGUGACAAGACUUUUACACGAGCCAAUAAUCUGAAAAAGCACAUGGACACUCAUACAGGAGAGUAAUAACAAAUAAUAAAUAUGCAAUAAAGGUCAUGAAAAAACGCAUGGCUGUUCUUUAUCCAAACAUUCAUGAAGUUUGAAAAAACAUGCUCAUUCACACUGCAGAUCGUCCCCAUAAAUGUGGAACAUGUUAUGAGACAUUCACGCAACUCAUUCACCUGAAAAGACAUAUGCUGGUACACAGUGGGAAACAACUACAUACUUGUGAAAUAUGCAAUGAGACUUUUGCUCAUUAUUCUAGCAUGAAACGACAUAUGCUUGUUCACAGUGGGGAAGACUCCCAUAAAUGUGAUGUAUGUGAUAAGACAUUUACACGAGCCGAUAAUCUGAAAAAGCACAUGGACACUCAUACAGGAGUGUAAUAACAAAUAUUAAAUAUGCAAUAAUGGUCACCGAAAGAGACCUUGCAAUAAAGGUUUAUCUUAUUGAAAGACAUUAAUUUUGUACAACAAAAUAAAUACUAUUAUAACAAUUUAU